CGCGCAUGCGCACGGGGCUACUUCCGCAUUGGACGCUUCCUCAUUGCUGGCUGCGCCUAGUCGGCCGUUUAUGAUUUUAUUUUGUAAUAAACAUUACUGAAAUAGCUCAGAUUUAUCACAGCGAGUCAUAAUGUCAAAACCUCCACCAAAACCCGCCAAACCAGGUCAGGUGAAAGUGUUCAGGGCGCUGUUUACAUUUGACCCUCGGACGCCUGAUGAGCUUUACUUUGAGGAGGGAGACAUCUUGUACAUCUCAGACACAAGUGACAGUAACUGGUGGAAGGGAACAUGCCGAGGAAGAACUGGUCUCAUUCCCAGUAAUUAUGUGGCGGAACAGGCGGAGUCCAUUGACAACCCAAUGCAUGAGGCAGCCAAGAGAGGGAAUCUGAGCUGGCUCAGGGAGUGUUUGGACAAUAAGGUGGGCAUUAACGGACUGGAUAAAGCAGGAAACACAGCACUGUACUGGGGCUGCCACGGGGGACACAGAGAUGUGGUGGAGCUUCUACUUUCUCAGCCAAACUGUGAGGUUAAUCAACAGAAUAAACUGGGAGACACAGCUCUACACGCUGCUGCUUGGAAAGGAUAUUCAGACAUCGUGGAGAUGCUUUUAAACAAGAAUGCCAGGAUAGAUGUGUUGAAUAAUGAGAAGAAGACGGCUCUGCAGAUGUCCACUAACGCUCCGUGUGCGUCUCUGCUGAAGAGGAAGCAGGGCAGUGUGAUCACACGCACACACAGUAAUGCUGAGGAGUACCUGGAUGAUGAAGACUCUGACUGAGAGACGAAAAGGAAGAUUAACAACAUUCCAUCACCAAAUACUGUGUGUGGGAGACAGACAGACAUCUGUUGCAGCAUCUGAAUUAAACUUAAAUCUACCAUAACUAUUUUUCUGUACCAGUUUGUUGAACACAUGUUGCUUGUGUGUGUGUGUGUGUGUGUGUGUGAGUGAGUGAGUGAGAGAGAGAUUAUUUUGUACUAACUGAAAGAUUGCAAGACUUGUGUUGUUUGGAUUUCAAAGCUUUCAUAAUUAUGCUAAUAAAACACUUUACACGUG